UAAUAUUUUCUAAUUUAUCACAUUUAAUCUUUUUCCCUAUAAAAGGUAAUCUGUAUAAAUAUUCGAAUAUAAAUAAAGGCUGUAUUAUUAAAAUUAAACAAACACAAAUUGUAAAAUGUCCGUAUCUACCAAAUAUAUGGGUUUAGCCGUAAUAGCAAGUCUUAUUCUCUCGAUAUGUGGCGAAUAUCUAAGGAAUGAUCAGAAAAACCAUGUUGUGCAAGAAAAAAUAGAGGAACCCUCAUCAACAUUUAACAAAUCCGCAUAUUUUGGUAUGGCAGAUGGUAAUGCUUUUAGAAAUUGUAAGGAGAUAUUAGACUCAGGUGUAAAUACUUCUGGAAUUUACGAAAUACAACCAAUUGGUUCCAAUAAAUCAAUAAACGUAACAUGUGAUAUGGAGACAAGAGGUGGCGGAUGGACAGUAAUACAAAGAAGAAUUGAUGGAUAUGUUGAUUUCUAUAGAGAUCGAAGGGAGUACAAAUUUGGGUUCGGAGAUCUAUCUGGAGAACAUUGGUUAGGAUUGGAGAACAUUUAUCAUUUGACAGCGUUUGAAGCUAAUGAGCUGCUUGUGGAGUUAGUAGACAAGGAUGAAAUUAACGCUUACGCCUUGUAUAACACUUUUGCUAUCGGUUCCGAAGUGAAGGGAUACUACUUAAGUACUUUAGAGGGAUAUUCUGGUAAUGCUGGUGAUUCCUUAACUUACCAUUUAGGACAAAAUUUUAGCACCUACGAUCUGGAUCUGGAUUCAUCUGUUGUUAAUUGCGCAGAAGUAGAAUUAGGAGCUUGGUGGUACAACAACUGUUACCAGAGUAAUUUAAAUGGUAAAUUUAGAAACAUGUUCCGGAACGAGGCGACUGGAGACAAAGGAAUUAACUGGUGGAGUUUUAGAAAUGAUGACUAUUUAUUAUCUCAGACAAGGAUGUUAGUUAGACCAAAAUUUUAGAAAACAUGAAACGUUUAAUAAACAUAAUUUUGUGAAUUAA